AUGAAGUGCGACUUUCCGAAGAACGAGAACGUGUGCAAGCGCUGCAGGGCGGGCGGGCACACGUGCAUCGUCGAGGGGCGCAAGCCCAGGAGUGCACCCAACAAGCGCGAAUACCUUCUCGCGCAGAUCAGGCAGAAGGACGCCAUCAUCGAGUCGCUGCUCAAGCAGCUGCACAACCCGUACCUCGCGACCCCGCUCUCGAUCGCCGCCUACCGCAUGGCGACGCCCGCGAGCGACAACCACCGGCAGAACGUCAUCGCCUGGCUCGACCGGCUCCAGUCCUCCUCGACCGUGCGCGAUAGCACCAUCGGCGCCGGGCUCGCCGCGGGGCUGUCCUCCACGCCCACGCUCGUCGACCCCGAGGCGUUCCCCGAGGCGCACGCGGAGCGCGAGCGCGACGCGGGUGCGGGCGCGGGCGCGGAUCCGGACGCGGAGGAGGACGAGGCGGAGACGUACGCGGGCCUGCCGGACGCGGCGGUGCCGCUCGGCUUGCUCGCGAAGCUGUCGAUCAGCAAUUCGAUGGAGAAGGUGCGCGAGCGCGAGCGGGGCAAGGGCCGCGGCGGCGCGGGGGUGAUGAAGGAGGAGGACGAGGACGACGAUGUCGGCGUCGCGAACGACGGGUACUUCCUCCCGGGCCCGGCGCAGAACUUGGAGCUCCGCGCGACGCUCAUCGAGAAGAACAGCCCGCCGGACAUCCUCGUGCACGGGCUCAUCACGCCCGAGGACGUCGACAAGCUCUUUGACAUAUUCUACACCCGCGUGAAUCCGUUCAUCUCGCUCUUGGACCCCGUGCUGCAUACGCCCGCGUCGACGUUCUCGCGCUGUCCGUUCCUCUUCACCGUCGUCUGCGCGAUCUCCUCGCGCUACUCGGACAAGUCCGAGGUGUACCCGAUCGCGAUGCACUUUGCGAAGAGCGCGGCGGCCAACUCGCUCAUCGACGGCUGGAAGUCGGUCGAGCUCUGCCAGGCGUACAUCCUCAUGAGCAUUUACGCCGUGCCUGCGCGCCGGUGGGAGGAGGACCGCAGCUGGCUGUACACCGGCCUCGCGAUUCGGAUCGCGACGGACCUCAACCUGCAUCAGCUGUCGACGGCGAAGCCGCAGAACGAGAUACAGGAGCGCGAGAUGCUCAACCGGGCGCGGGUGUGGCAGAUCUGCUUCAACCUGGACCGGUCGACCGCGACGCAGUUUGGCAAGCCGACGACGAUCAAGGAGGACUACAUCGUGCGGAACUCGACGGACUGGUACAAAAAAUCGCGGUAUAAUCAUCCGUACGACGUGCACCUGGACGCGUACUGUUCGCUCAUGCGCAUCGUCGCCAAAUUCCACGACGACGUGUUCUCCGAUCCCGACACCCCAACCGGGCUGAACCAGUCGAUCGACUUCCGGGAGGUGACGCUCCGGCACGACGGACAUCUCGAGCGGUACCACGAGGAGUGGGCAGGGCGGUUCGCGAGGGACUCCGAUCAAAGUGAUCCCGCGUGCGCGUUCCGCUGCAAGCUGCUGCCUUUCCUGGUCAACUACUCGCGGCUGGUCAUGUACUCGUUUGGCUUCCAGCAGGCCUUCCAGCGCGGCAUGUGUCCCGAGGACGAAAUCUUCCUGACCAAGAGCCGCGACGCCGCGAAAGAGGUCAUACGGGCCCUCGUCGACUCUUUGGCUCCCAGUGGCUACAUGCGCUUCUCACCGGAUGGUCAUUUCAUCUUUGCUGCGUUUGCGUCCGCAUUCCUGUUGAAGCUCAAUCGCCCCGAGUUCGCCAAGUUCUUGCCCGAAGGGCAGGACACGGAGGUCUUUGAGCUCAUCGGGCGACUCAUACAGACGAUCGGCUCGCCGCAAAUCGCGAUAGACGAGCGCCACACGCCCAAGCUCUACUCGCGCUUCCUCGCGGGCUUGCUCGCCAAGCACAGGCGCGACGGCGCGACGAGCGGCCGCUUGCACACGCAGCCCCCGCCCGGGUACCGCAGCAAUCCGUCGGGCCCACACCGUACCCCGUCGACCCACUCGUCGGGGAUGAGCCCGGCCUCGCAGGACCACGGCAGUGCGCAGGGCGGGCACGGGAUGGGCGGUGCGGGCGCCAGUGGGGGUGCGGGUGGGGGUGCGAGCCACGGGCCGAACGUAGCGAUGAUGGACACGUUCGUGGCGCCGCUGUCGGAGCCGAUAUACCAGCCGGAGGCGAUGUAUUCCCUCGGGAUGGGGCCGCUCGAAGUGGGCGGGACGGACGACGGGAUGAACUUUGUGUUUGACAGCACGGGAACGAACAUGCAGGACGAUGUGCUCGCGACGAUGCAGGCGAUCCGGAAUCCUGCGUGGUGGAAUACGAUGAUGAUGCCCGGGUUCUCGUGGCCUGAGACGAACGGCUACAUGAGCUUCCCGCAAACCGCCCAGGUGCACCUCGGCUAGGCCUGCGGACGCUACUUCCUUCUCCUCUCCCAACACCAACAAACUCUCCCAAGUAUGUUAAGCACGCAAAUCCUAGUUUUCUCCCUCAGUCUCGAUCUCCCCUCUUCAACGUUUCGUAUGCAGUAUGAACGCGAAUGUACCACUAUUUCCUCUCGCCCAAUUUUCAAUCCUCUCUCUCUGCCUUAUCUAUCUAUCUCUCCGUGUCUUCUAUCUUCUCGAUCUCCCGCCUUUCGUUGAUACCGUACGCAGCCCGCGGAUCGAGUCGAAGCGGGUCGUGCGUAGGACUCUGCGUGGCGUGCCUCGGUCUUGGUUUUUCGUUCCGGUUCGUAUGCGAGGCUUGUGUCUGCGUCUGUGUUUGUGUCUGUGUCUGUGUCCUGUGUCUGCCGAUUCACUACUAGUCCUCAGUUGUGUUAGAUAGCAUAUUUAGAUUUGUAUGUCAGUCGC